ACUCACACAUCACUGGUGGCACAACACAGGCCAUGAAACAGUUCGAUUACUAGUGGAUGAAACAGCAGAUCGGUUCAGUUGUGUUCCUGCAGCAGGUCCUGGAUGCCACUUGAACCGAGAUGGACCAUUCCUGGGUUUGACUCAUGGUGUCUGCAGCAGUGGCUAAAGUCUUAGCACUAAAGCCUUUGAUCUCCAACUUGCCUUGACUUUGCUUUUCUUGUGUGCCUUUUGCAUUUUUUUUCCCAAAUGCUUCAGUUGUCCAAGAUCACAGACUCUCUGCUGAUCAGUAACUCCAGAUCAGCUUGCAACAGUGAGAUGCUCUCCAAAGAAGGGGUGACUUUUUGCAUCAAUGUUUCCAAGCAGCAGCCCUUUCCUGGGCUGAGGAUUGGGAUCCUCAGGGUCCCUGUUUUUGAUGACCCAGCUGAGAAUCUCUACAAGUACUUUGACAGAUGUGCACAAGUGAUCAAAGACACUGAGCAAACAGGUGGCAAGUGCCUGGUGUACUGCAAAAACGGACGAAGCAGAUCUGCUUCAAUCUGCAUAGCUUAUCUCUUGAAACACAAGCACCUCUCUCUCCAAGAGGCAUUUGAGACUGUGAAGUCAGCCAGGCCAGUUGUGGAGCCCAAUGAAGGUUUCUGGGCUCAGCUUCAAAGAUAUGAAGAAGAACUUCGAACCAGGCAGAUAGAAGCUAAAUCCUCACCUGAUGGCCAUUUGCUUCAGGCAGGAUGUCAUUCCAAACACUGACUUGAAAUUUGCAUUUAAAGGGCUUUCCAAAUUGCUGUUCUGGUGGAUUGCAGUACCUCACUCUAAGAAAAGGACUGAUGGUUCAAGUAUGAGUGCAUCUGGUACAUAAGGGUUUAUGUCCCUGUGCCAGUAUAUAUGUGCGAUUAAGGAAAAUUACUAUGCUAUGGGAAUGGAAAGCUUGUGAUGUGCCAGAAUGAUGUUGUGUGGCAGGUGGCACAAUGAGUUAUUUGGAUACCAAUUUUAUUGCGUUGCACGUUUACAACAGUGGUAAAAAGUUGUCUUAGCAGCACCUCAUGCUUAUUUAGCUUUAACCACUAUAUAAAACUCAGGUAAAGGUUAUAAACCAAUCAAGUUCACAACACAAUAUAAUGCAAGGCUGGCACCAUGUUGGUCCAAUUGAACGUCUUGAUGAUCCAUUUGUGUAUGAAUGCGCUCACUGAUUCCUAUCCUCUUCACUCUUGGAUAUGUAACAGUCGCACAUAGGAAAUUUGCAUUAGCCCUUGAAAAUCCUCAAUAAAAUCAGGGCAGCUGUAGAGAGCAACAUUCCUCCCAUCUCACAAUGGGGAAUGAUCCACUCACUAGGUCUGAUCAAUCACUUUCCCGACAGAGACACAGCCAGUAACCUGCCACAAUCCUCUCAUAUAUAAUGUCACGCAGCUUGAUCUAACCCUGUCUACACAAGUGGUAAAUGCCAAUAUAUGCAAACACAAAGGUAACUGGCUAUAUGUCAAUGUUAAUGCAUAUUUGUAUUCCUUUUUACAAAUUAAAAAAGAGCAAAUAACUCUC